UUGGGGUGUUUUAUCUUUUCUCCAGGAUGACAUGUUCAUAUAUUGAUGAAGGGAAGAGUUAUAUAAUCUGGUUUAUUUGGACUUGUUGGACACAUGAACACGUGCAGGUCUCUCGGGAAGUGACCGUCGCAUGAUGUGGUGACGGGAAACUUCUGCGUCCGACAGAAAACUCAGGAACCAAUUGCAAACUAGCAGGUGUUGAGCCUUGAGCCGGCAAUGGGGGACAUGAAGACCCCAGACUUUGAUGAUCUGCUGGCAGCUUUUGAUAUUCCUGAUAUUGAUGCCAAAGAGGCCAUCCAGUCGAGUCCAGAGGAGCAGCGGGAAGAAGGGGGGACCAACGACGAUGGGUCUCCGUCAUGCUUUCCCUGCUCUCCUGCCUCAGACUCCGACCGGCCCUUGGUCAGCGUCAUUGUGAAGAACACAGUGCGCUCCGAGUCUGUUGAAGAGGAGGAGAAGUAUGAUGCUGAUAAAACGGAGUAUCCUUCGAGUGGUGACUCAGCUCCUCGGGUUCAGGUCAGCUUCAACUCACAGCUUGUUCCCAAACUGACAGCCGACCCUGCCGCGGAGCCACAGAUGGCCAACGGCUUUAAGGGAUCUGUCCCCCGGGAUCAGGGAGCAUGGUCCCUGCGUCCCUCCACUCUGAAUGAUGAUGAUGAUGAUGAUGAGGGAGACAGAAAUAAAGGAGCGGAGGUCGCACCGACCCAUCAUACGACUGAUGUCAUGAACAGUUUGAAGCCGCUGCUCUUUCCCCAGUCUCUGACCAGCUCAUCGACUCCACGCUCCAUCAGCCCACAACGUUCUCCACACUCCCUUCAGAAAGAAGAAGCUUGUCUCCUCGGUAACUCAUCAUCCUCCCCUUUACCACAAAACGGGAGUAUUAAAGUGGGAUUUAUGCACUCAGAUGAUUAUGACUCAGAACCAGACUUAGGAAGUCCACUAGUGAUCCAAGAGAGCCCUGAAUCGAUUAUGUCCUCCCCUCCCAAAUUUAAAAUGAGGUCUGAGUUACUCAGGUCUCCUCUGAAACCUUCUCGUGACAUUUCCAAGCCUCCGAAUCUCUCUGCAAAACCUAAACAGCUUCAUGAGGAUAAAGGGCAUCCUAGAACCCCCAGGUCUCCCACUGCAGCUCCUCAGCUGCAGAGCACCAAGGACUCCCUCCCCUCUGUCAUUACGGGCUCUGCAUCGGUUCAAGAAGAGAAAUACCCAGAGCAUGUGAUUGAUGAGAGGGACUCACCCGAGAGCCCACCGCCCAGCGAGACAGGUCUUGUGGUCCCCAAAAGUAGCAGCAGCCCUGAUUUGGCCAAAACACCAGGUCUAUUAGUGAACCCCGCGGGCGCUCAUCACCUAGAGGAGCUCAUGGAUAUUGAGCCUAGCAGCGAGGAGAUGCCAGGUCGCACUGAGGAGCUGAGUGAAAAGAUGGCUGGAGAUAGAGAAAAGUUAAAUGAGGAGACCAGUGGUGCUGGGACAUCAUCUGAGGAUACUAUGUCUGCUUUUGCUGCAGAGAAGGAUUCAUCCCCACUGCGUCCCCUCAAAGUUAAAAUCAAAAUGCGUACAGGAAGCAUCACAAGAACUGUGACUGGUGUGGCACCCAUGAGAAGUGCAAGAGUCACUUCCAGGGCUGUGGAGGGUUCCAAACCUUCACCAGAACGUCUUAACACAAAAACCAAGAGGGUGCUACCACAGCGAGCUCCACCGCCUGCAGUAGCAAUGCUUCAGGAUGUGUCUGCUGCAACAGCACAAGCUGCCAGUACGGUUAAACAGAAAUCUGCAGUGGACACCAAACCUAAAGCCUCCCCCACAGCUGUCAGCAUCACCAAAACUGCUGCCCUGCCCUCCGUGUCCCCGCUGAGAGUCGGCGCAGGUGGGAUCAACCUGCGCAGUCUGGGCCAGAAGACUCUCAACAGUGGAAUGAUUCUCACCACACCUUCACCUCUGACCUCUCAAAGUGGCAGCAAACCAGCAUCCAUAGUCAACAACACUGGGGCGAUCAUAUCCAAGAGUCAGACCAACCUGGUGGAAGCAUUCAACAAAAUCCUCAACAACAAGAACCUGUUGCCGUGUUAUAAACCAGACCUGAGCUUGCCUCUGCCUGCAGAGUGGGGCAUUCCUCUGCCUGCGCAGGGUUAUCGUUGUUUGGAGUGCGGCGAUGCCUUUGCCCUGGAGCAGAGUUUGGCUCGACACUAUGACCGCCGCUCGCUGAGGAUUGAGGUGACUUGCAAUCACUGUGCCAAGCGCUUGGCCUUUUUCAACAAGUGCAGUUUGCUGUUACACGCCAGAGAGCACAAGGAGAAAGGCCUCAUCAUGCAGUGUUCACACCUGGUCAUGAAAACUGUAACUUUGGAGCAGAUGAUAGGUCAGCACGAACCCACGGCAAUAGGUGGCCUCUCUCCGUCUCUCCUGCCGUCCUCUGCAGCGCAGUCAUCAUCCUCUUCAGGCCUGGUCCUAGCAAACCCAACAUUACAGUCACACAAAGUAGUAACUAACAAGAAAGUAGAGGAGGUGCAGCACAUUAACAAUAAAUGUCCCGAGUGCCUCACUCAGUUCAGCAGCAAAGAAGAGGUGGCCGAGCACUUCCAAGAAAUCAAACCAGGACACACUUCUCCAUGCUCUGAGUGUUCUCCUCCCAUGUUGCUGCCAAACAGCUGCAGUGCAGCCGCCCAUCAACGCAUCCACCAAAGCUGCGCACCACAUGUGUGCCCAGAGUGCGGGGGCACGGCCAAACAGCCGCGAUUUCAAACCCAUCUGGAUGAGACCUGUUUGCAUUUUGCUCGCCGUAUUGGAUACAGAUGUUCCAGUUGCCAGGUGGUGUUUGGUGGGCUGAACUCUGUGAAGUCUCACAUCCAACAGGCUCAUUGCGACAUGUUCCACAAAUGCCCCAGUUGUCCCAUGGCUUUCAAAUCUGCCCCCAGCAUCCAGAACCACAUCACUGCCCAACAUCCAACACUCACGGAAGGACCGGCAAUAUUGAUAUAUAAAUGCGUCAUGUGUGACACUGUUUUUACCCACAAACCCCUGCUCUACGUCCACUUUGACAUGCAUUUAAUCAAUCAGAAGGUGCAUGUGUUCAAAUGCCCUGAGUGCACCAAGCUAUUUUCUCAGAGGAAUUCCCUACUGGACCAUUUCAAGACCCACAUUAAGACUCCCACGUUAAAACAAAAGCAGCCUCUACCUCCAACUGCUUCCUCUCGUCCACAACCUGCGGUGAAGUUAGAAAGCUCAGAUGCUGAUGAAUGGAAGGAUGAAGAUAAAGAAGAGAAGGUGAAGACAAAGAGGAUGAAGACCCCUUCAGGGUGGAAGUGUUUUCCUUGCCAUGCAAACUACACAGAGCGGGAUGACUACAUUACCCAUAUGGCUGAACAGCAUGGCAAGAAACUAAAGAAGUUCCCCUGUAACAAAUGCGAGAGUUCCUUCACCACAACUUCCAGUAUGAGACGUCACAUACGAGACAAACAUAAAGUCAUGAAUCGAGGAUUCCGCUGCCAGUUCUGUACUGAGGGUAAGAAAACGUUCAGUACUCGAGCUUUGCUGGAGAGGCAUGUUCAGCUGAGACACAAGGACAAAGUGGGCCAUGACACUCUGUUGGGAGGCAGAGAUGAUGCCGACAGCUCCUCAGAACAGGACAGUAACUUGGGGGCUCGGCGCAGACGGAGAGGAGCUGUGAAGACGGAGCACAAUGAAGAGUCCACAGAUGGGAUGACCCCUGUGAAGAAGCUGCGGUCCACCUCCUCUGCACCUGCUGCACACUCACUUCCUGACUCUGAAUUCCGCUGUGCCCCGUGUGGCUUUGCCACAGACGACCAGACAUCAUUCUUGGAGCACAUCAGCCAGCACAAGAGAUCCGGGGCCGAGGGAGGGGGUCUGCAGUGUCUGCAGUGUGGUGCCUGCUUCACAUCCACCUCCUCCUUAUCACGCCAUCGCUUCAUCAUCCACAAAAUGAAAGAUUCAAACACUGACAACCAGCAAGCCCUCAGCCUGCACCCAGCACCUUCCCCUGGUAGCAGCAGGAACCAUGAUGAUAAGAGUUCUCUGGACUGCUCUGCACCACCGUCACCCUCUUCUCAGAAAGAAGAGGAGGACACGCUGGCCUGUAAGGUGUGUGGUAAACAUUUUGAAAAGGCAUCUGAUCUGAAUACACAUUUCAGAACUCAUGGUAUGGCCUUUAUCAGUGCAAGGAAUGCAGGAAAAACUACCUAAGGUGGUAGAUACGAGGUGGAAGAUCGGUGUCGGCAGGUGAUACAAUCUGCAAAAUUCCUUUAAGAGUCUGUGAGCACACCAAUGCACUAAUGUAACCAAAGAUUUUACAGGAGAGUUUGUGUUUUAAGAGAUAACAGAUUUUAAGAGUCUGGCCUCAACCUGCCGACAUUCAGGAUCUAAUGCUGCAUCUCUGUGUUCAGGAAUGAUACUAAUGAGAUCAGAGCUACUUGCCAGUCAGUAGCCAGUUAGUCUGACUAGUUCUCUGACCACAUUCACAGGUUGACAAAAGAGAGCUGUGAAUCUCCAACCUUAUCCUGCUGUGAUGAUGUCGAGGCUUUAGUGAAUGUUGAUGGACAGCUAUGCACUGUACCCAUUUCAGAUUUUUUAUAUGUUUAUCCUACUGAGGAGGAGGAAUGUUGAAUGCCAACCCAGGUGUUUUUCUGUCAAGUUGUUGCUUUUAUAUAUCUUUCUGGAGAAUAAUUAAUUGUGGGCUUGGUUUCUAUCAAGUGUGUAUACGUUAUUGGCAGCCAUUCUCUACAGCCUACAAUAGCUGUGCCCCACACAGCCGCCGGGGGAUGUGUAGACGGCUUCAUUACCGGAGUGCAAUGAAUCCUGGGAUAGCUUUGCCCGAGAACGAUCCGCCCUUUGCAACCUUCGUUGCUCUGGAAUGUAAGGACGCGUUUGAAUGAGCCUUCGAUUUGGAACAGUCUUGUUGUGCCACUGUGACGCAAUCGGUCUACAAAUGCAUUGUCUACACCUGCAUUGAGACACGGCUAAUUAUUAGAUAGAUUCCCAACGUAAAAGGCAGCAAUUGGCUUCCAUAUGUUUUAAUGUGUUUUGUGAUAUAUAAGACAAAUUACCUCUGUGUACACAGAGAGGGAACUAUGUACUCUAAAGAAUGUAAUUUAAGAUGCAAACUUAAUUAGUCCCACUCAGACUUCUGAAACUUUUACUUUGGAAAACAGAUUUGCUCCAUUACUGUCGUUGCUGCCUCUAGAGGCCAUUAGAUGUACUGUAUGUCUGUAUUGUUAACAAAAGACUCCUGCUAAUAAAUGUUUACUGUUACUAAGUGCUGAGUAGGAGUUAAAAUCCCUGCACAUCUUAAAUGCCUCAUGUAUUGAGGUGACGGUGGACCAAUAACUUUUUGGAAGUAAAAAUAAUUUAAACUUUAAAUAAUUAUGAUGAUUUGGAAAAUGGUGAGCAAUAAGUGUACACACUUGGAAGUUAUUUUCCUAAAACUUUGAUAAUAAUUGAAAUUAAUAUUUAAUACUCAAAAAAAAUUGAAUGUUAGAUAUUUACACCAGAUUAACUGAAUCAUUCCGUCUCUGAGCAAGAGAUGGACGUAAAAUCAUGUGUUUUAUUUUUCUUGGUAUUCAGGCAUAUGUUUGUCUGAAGCUUUUUUUAGGAGAUUACAGUAAACAAGCGUGUAGUCAGUGAGCAUGUGAUUAAGCUCUUUCAUUCUGCUUGGCUGAGAACAUGAGGACAUGUUGAACUUUGUAUUUGAUGAGUUUUUCUUCGGUCUUUAGUAUCGCUAAAAAAUACUGACUUGAGCUGUGGUAGAGGAAUCCGGUCGUGUUAUUGGUGGUCAGGUUUCAACUCAGAGUCCACAUCAACACACACACACACACACACACACACACACAAACUGAAUUUGACAACUGUUUAACUCAGCUGUGUCAUGAUACAAAAGGUCCCAGAAGAUUCAGUAGAGCUGUUAUAUUGUGAACGCUUAAAUGAUUUUUGCCUGCUGUGUUUUGAUUUCUAGUAGCACCUUGUUUUGUGUGGUUUAUGUCUUGAAAGCUGCUGGUUCACUGAGACUUCUCAGACCACAGAAUCUAUAAGCCUGAUCUAAUAUCCUUACAUCGACAUCACUGAGGCCUCAAAAUACUGUACAGCGACCUGUGAGCACUUUCUCAGGAGAUCAUCCAGUGCUUUGAAACACACUGUCCUGUUAAACCUUCUCAGUUUUUGCAUUGACAAGACAAUUUCUAACCAAAUGUUUAUUAAAAAUUAAUCAAACUGG